UUUGAUUCUGAGAGAUCCUUUGUUCCAUGUAUGAGAAAAAAGGUAGGACCUAUUGUUGUUGAACUUAUAUGAGCUAAAGUAAUUAAUCUUGUCAAUUAGUUGGAAGACAGAACCAUGUGGUUAUUGAGAUGUCAUUCUCUUCACCACAAAUAAUGAGAUUUUAUGACUUGCCAUUUGCUUAUAUAAACUUGUUUUGAGAAGUUGUCACCACCACAACUCUCCACAAAACAAAGAAUACUACUUAAAGCUUUUCUGUUCUUUCAGUAUCUUAAAGUAUUCUUUCUCUUCAUACUUUGCUCAUCUUAAAUUAAAGAUCAUGGCUAUUCGUGCACCUCGUAUAAUCAAGAAGUCCUCGACAUCCCUAGAAGUUCCCAAGGGACAUUUUGCUGUUUAUGUUGGGGAGAAGCAGAAGAAGAGAUUUGUGAUACCACUAUCAUACUUGAGCCAACCUUCAUUUCAAGACUUGCUAAGUCAAGCAGAGGAAGAAUUUGGCUUCGAUCAUCCAAUGGGUGGUGUCACAAUUCCCUGUCCAGAAGACAUUUUUAUUGCCAUCACUUCUCAGCUUAGGAUUUAAGAACAUAGUUAAGAUCAUUUUUUCUUUUUAUGGGUCUAACAAUUUUGUAUACAAAUUAAAGCUGGAGAUCCAUAUUGUACAGUUGAUUAGUUACAAGUUAAAUGAGACUUAGCACCACAAAGAUUGGUGCUUUUUGACUAA